AUGGCUCCGUCUUGUGUUCUUCCGGUUAACGUUGCUGCCGUGCUCCUGCUGUGCCUGUGCGGCGGCGCGUGGCUGCAGGCGGUGGAGGCGCGCCCCGACCAGAUGGACAGCAACAGCGACGACUUCUUCUCCAUCGUGGGGUACUCGCCGGAGGACCUGGUUCACCACGACCGCCUCAUCAAGCUGUUCGAGGAGUGGGUGGCCAAGUACCGCAAGGCGUACGCGAGCUUCGAGGAGAAGCUGCGCCGCUUCGAGGUGUUCAAGGACAACCUGCACCACAUCGACGAGGCCAACAAGAAGGUCACCAGCUACUGGCUAGGCCUCAACGCCUUCGCCGACCUCACGCAUGACGAGUUCAGGGCCACCUACCUAGGCCUGACGCCGCCGGCGAAGACGACGACGACCAGCGGUAAUGGUCCUUUCAGGUACGGCGGCGUGUCCGACGACGAGGUGCCCACGUCGGUGGACUGGCGGAAGAAGGGCGCGGUGACGGACGUGAAGAACCAGGGGCAGUGCGGCAGCUGCUGGGCCUUCUCGACGGUGGCAGCGGUGGAAGGGAUCAACCAGAUCGUGACGGGCAACCUCACGUCGCUGUCGGAGCAGGAGCUGGUGGACUGCAGCACCGACGGCAACAACGGCUGCAACGGCGGCGUCAUGGACUACGCCUUCUCGUACAUCGCGUCCAGCGGCGGCCUCCGCACCGAGGAGGCGUACCCGUACCUCAUGGAGGAAGGGGACUGCGACGACAAGGCACGCGACGGCGAGCAGGUGGUCACCAUCUCCGGGUACGAGGACGUGCCGGCCAACGACGAGCAGGCCCUGGUUAAGGCCCUCGCGCACCAGCCCGUCAGCGUCGCCAUUGAGGCGUCCGGCAGGCACUUCCAGUUCUACAGCGGGGGCGUGUUCGAUGGCCCGUGCGGGGCGGAGCUGGACCAUGGCGUGGCAGCGGUCGGGUACGGCAGCAGCAAGGGGCAGGACUACAUCAUCGUGAAGAACUCGUGGGGCAGCCACUGGGGGGAGAAGGGCUACAUCCGGAUGAAGAGGGGCACCGGCAAGCCGGAGGGUCUCUGCGGCAUCAACAAGAUGGCAUCCUACCCAACCAAGGACCAGUAG